GAGAUGGCUGAUGACACUGAUCCACUUGGAGCCACUGAGUUUAUAAAAGAUCGGUUGUAUUUUGCCACUCUCAGAGGCAAACCGAAAAGCACGGCAAACGCACACUACUUCUGCACCGACGAUGAAUUUAUCUAUGAAAAUUUCUAUGCAGAUUUUGGACCUCUCAAUCUGGCAAUGUUAUACAGGUACUGCUGUAAACUCAAUAAAAAGCUGAAGUCCUUCACACUGUCCAGAAAACGCAUCAUCCACUACACAUGCUAUGACCAGUGCAAAAGAGCCAAUGCCGCCUUCUUAAUUGGUGCCUAUGCAGUAAUCUACUUAAAGAGAACUCCAGAAGAGGUAUACAGGGCUCUGAUCUCUAGAACCAAUGUGUCAUAUUUGCCCUUCAGAGAUGCAGCGUUUGGGGAAUGCACGUAUAAUCUGACCAUUCUCGAUUGUUUACAGGGGAUUCGCAAGGCCCUGCAACAUGGUUUCUUUAAUUUUGAAACCUUUGAUGUUGAAGAGUAUGAACACUAUGAGCGUGUAGAAAAUGGUGACUUGAACUGGAUUGUACCAGGGAAGCUCUUGGCCUUCAGUGGUCCGCAUCCCAAGAGCAAAGUAGAAAAUGGUUAUCCUUUUCAUGCCCCUGAGGCGUACUUUCCAUACUUCCGCCAGCACAACGUUACUGACAUUGUGCGGCUCAACAGGAAGAUUUAUGAAGGUCGACGUUUCACUGACGCUGGCUUCGAGCACCACGACCUGUUCUUUGUGGACGGCACCACGCCCAGUGACUUAAUUACGCGACGCUUCCUCCACAUCUGCGAAAGUGCUGAGGGAGCGGUGGCUGUACACUGCAAAGCGGGCCUUGGCAGAACAGGCACUCUUAUUGGCUGUUACCUGAUGAAGCAUUACCGAUUCACCGCUCCGGAGGCAAUCGCGUGGAUAAGGAUCUGCAGACCUGGCUCAGUCAUUGGGCCCCAGCAGAACUUUCUGGAAGAAAAGCAGCAUAGUCUGUGGGUACAGGGGGAUAUGUAUCGCUGUAAGCAGAAGCAGCUGCAGCUGCGCAGACAGCAGGUGCGCGACAUGUCCCGUCUCAUUUCCAGCAUGGAUGAUAUGUCAGUCAGUGGCAGCAUCUCCCAAAGCAUGGAUGAGAAUGACUGUAUAGUAGAGAACAGAGCAUUGACCCAGGGAGAUAAACUGCGUGCUUUAAAAGGUCAACGCCACCCUAGAUCACCCAACACAUUCAGUGGGAUAAAUCUAAUACAGGGUACCAUCCCUCAGCCCAAGUCUUCCAAAGCUCCCCUCUCUCUUUCAUCUACCUCUGCACCCCGGAGGCUUAUGCGUAGCCCUUCCUCUUCUGCUGGGAACCUUAAGAGUGUCAACCCCCGCUUAGCCCGUUCUCUUGGCAAUCUCUACACUGACGACGACAUCUCUGAGGAUAGCAUGGACGCAGCCUCUCCUCCCUCCUCCUUGUCUGUCUCUUCUCCGACUUGUCCUCCCUCAUACCCCAUAGGUCCUCAGGCCAGGUUUGGUUUCUGCUACCCUAACAAUGACCCCCGACACCCUCCCAACCCAAACUACCACCAGGAAGACGACAACAACCGCGGCAGCUCCCCUGGGGUUGCCACAGCCAUACCCGGUGGCACAGGCAGGCCAAUCAAACGCCUCGGCUACAUCCAGAACCCUGGCGGCCAGUCGGGUCCUCGUAGAGGCCCAGGUCGUCCCGGGCUCAGUAGGCUUAGAGGUCGCUACCUCAGCCGCUCUAUCCCUUCCCUUCAGUCUGAGUAUAUUCAGUACUAA